ACAGCCGCCAUCCCUUUCAGACUGUCCGCUCUGCAGUCAAGUCAACCACAAGCCUACUAGUCCUAGACCGUGACACCUCGACCUUCCAAUUGAGGGCCAAUAACUAACACGUUCCUUUCCGCCUCGUGGCUCCUACGCCACAGCCCUCCCGUGCAUCCAAGGGGCACUCACUCCCUUUACAACUUCCUCGGCGCAGUUCACUCUACUAGUUAGCCCGCUGCAUUCGAGCUCAGGCAUUUGAGAAUAUUCCCACCCAAAGUGCCCCUACCCUGGCUUACCUCCGCUCGACUCGCCUUAAUAAUCUCUACUGGUUCCCCCUCUCAGUCCCCUCGAAACGGCGAUCGAUACGCGACGCGUCGUGUGCCCUGGCGCGACGCGUCGUCGUUAAUCCCUCCACUAACAGCAGAGAGUGGCAGCAGCAGCGAUGCGUUCCCUAGGAGCGCCGAUAGGCUCUCCUCCAUUCCUCCUUCCUCGGAGAGCCUCCACCCUCCAGCUGCUUCUGCUCGCCGCCUUUCUCGCUCUCUCUCUAGACGCCCGCCGCCUCCUUCAACCCGCCCAUGGCGCGCCAGAUGCAGGUGUCGGAUCGACGGUGAAUCCUACAGGAUCCUACAUAGUCUAUCUACGCUCCGCGCCGCCUAUUCUCAACUACCGGGGAGGGAUCAAAGGCUAUGCCGCGACGGCACCGGAUGUCGCAGACGCGUCGCUGCUGACGACGUCGUCCAUCGGCGACGCGCUGGGCGACAUCGGCCACAGAGUGGGCGACGCCGUCAACGGCGCCAUUAACGACAUGCAGAAGCGAUUUCGGCCGCUGCGCGCCGAUAUACGAGCCUCAGGCGUGCAGGCGUUCCAGAAGUUUCUUGGGAAGGUUCAGCAGGACAUUGCGGCGUCGGUCAACGUCUCCGCUAAGAACAUCUUCAGAAGCUAUACUUACGCGGUCAAUGCGUUUGGCGCGAAAUUAAAUCAGGACCAAGUAGAGGCCCUCGAGUCGCAUCCUGACGUGGCAAUGGUGCGGCCCGACCGGAUCGUGCACCUGCGCACGUCGCACACGCCGACGUACCUAAAGCUGGCGACGACGCUGUGGAGCGCGAAUGGCGGCGUCAAGAACGCGGGCGACGGCGUGAUCAUCGGCGUGAUCGACUCGGGGAUAUGGCCCGAGCACCCGUCGUUCGCGGACGAUACGUACGGGCCGGUGCCGGCGCGGUGGCGCGGGACGUGCGUGAAGUCGGCGGACUUCAAGGCGUGCAACAAGAAGGUGAUCGGCGCGCGCUUCUACAACGCCGGCAUCAGCCAGGCGGGCGUCGCCAUCGACUACACCACCGACUUCAAGUCGCCCCGGGACGGCAACGGCCACGGCUCCUGGUGCUCCGGGGCGGCGGCGGGGAACACAGGCGUGCAGGUGAAGAUGGGGCCGUCCAACUUCGGCAUCGCGUCGGGCAUGGCGCCGCGCGCGCGCAUCGCGAUGUACAAGACGAUGUGGCGGCUCGCCGGCACGGACGGCGCGAGCGGCGCGAUGAGCGACGUGUACGCCGCCGUCGAUCAGGCGAUCGCGGACGGCGUGGAUGUGCUGAGCCUGUCCGUGGGCGGCGGGCUCACGAGCUACUUCGACGAUCUCAGCUUCAUCUCCGCCGUGCAGGCGGGCGUGUUCUCGACGCUAGCUGCGGGCAACCAGGGCCCGCCCCCGGCGGACCUCUUUAACUACGCCACUAUCGACAACUACUCGCCCUUUUAUCUCACUGUUGGAGCCAGCUCCACGGAUCGGCGGUACGUGGCGAACAUGACGCUGGGCAAUGGCGUGGUGCUGCAGGGCCCGUCGUGGGGCGGCAGCAACAAGAUGCUGCAGAUCGUCGACGGCGGCCAGGCUGUCAGACCCUUCGCCAGCUCCACUAGGGCGCGGCUGUGCUACUCGAACGCCAUCAUGGCGAACAAGGUCUCUGGCAAGAUCCUGCUGUGCGUGCGCGGGGAGAACUUCCUCACCGACAAGCUCUCUGCCGCCGUCACCGCGGGCGCCGCUGCCGUGAUCAUCAGCAACGUGGCCAAGGGGCUGAGCAACACGGUGUUUCUCAGGUCCACCAUUCCGGUCAUUCACAUCACUGCCAACCAGGCCAACCAGCUGCAGAAGUACCUCAGUAACAUGAGAGCGCGGGGCAGAGUCCCCACGGCGCGCAUCUCCUCCCCCUACGCAGUUGACAACGACAUGGCACCAGUGAUCGCCGACUUCUCGUCUCGCGGGCCCGUGGUCAACCCGGCCAUGCAGGCCUCGUGGGCCGGCACCAACGACAUCUUAAAGCCCGACGUAGUUGGCCCGGGAGUCAACCUCUGGGGCCCCUGGCGGUCCACUUCUCUAGCGCAGUCAUCCACGCCCAACUUCGGCAUGGUGUCCGGGACCUCCAUGGCUACGCCCCACCUUGCGGGGCUUGGCGCGCUGGUCGUGCAGAAAUUCCCUACCUGGUCGCCUGCGCAGAUCAUCUCUGCGUUUAUGACCACGGCUAGCACCACAACUAAUCGUGGCGGGCUGAUUCCGACAGAUACUGGGAGUGUGGCUACCCCCUGGGACAUGGGGCAAGGCCAGGUGAACACCAGUGGGUUGUUAAACCCCGGGCUUACCUACGACGCCUCAUAUUCUGAUUUCGUGAAUUUCCUCGCCGGCCAGAGCAGCUGGCGGGCGAAUAAUAUAUUUUCGGGCAUGCAGCUGACCCCCGUCCCGGCGUACAAUCUCAACCGUGCAUCCAUCAGCGUGUCCCGGAUGAAGAAAUUCGUCACCAUCAACCGGAGAGUGACUAGCGUGUGGACCCGGGCGUCAACAUACCGCGCCGUGCUCGUAAUCCCUGACAAUGUCAACAUCGACUUGGAGCCCCGGACGUUUACCAUAGCUCCAGGAGCAUCGGUCCGGUAUCAGAUGAACAUCACAGUACGGAGGGCGUCCGCGGCUUUCUCGUACGGGAGCUUGACCUGGGCGGAUAAUAACGGGCAUGCGGUGCGAUCCGUGAUUGCUGUGCAACCACUGACGGCGUGAGCAGGGGUGGAGAGGGGUAAUCGGGAUGAAGGGGAGGAGAAGGCGGCGGGGAGGAGCAUAGGAGGACUGGGAAGCUGCCUGAUCUGGGUGGAUAAGAACAAUGGGCAUGCGGUGCGGUGCGGUGCUGUGCGGUGCGUGAUUGCGGUGAGGGAUGGAGGGCAGAGGAAGGGGGAAAGUAUUGGUACGGGAGGAUGUGGGGGAAUGGAAAGGGGGGGGUAAGGAUUCGAAGGAUGAGGAUGUGGAAGGGAGGGAGGAGGGGGAGAGUAAAUGGAGAUGGAUGGUGGAGGGUUGAGGGAAGGUUUAAGUGCAGCAAGAAGUUUAAGGGUUGAGGACAGCUCAGCUGUGGGAGCUGAGGUGAGACGACUAUUUGUGGGAAGGCGGCGAUGGAUGGCUUCCAUGCUUUAUGGCGCAUUUUCCAGCUGGAGCAGUGUGGUGUUGCGCCAGUGUACAUUCUCAACACGGUCACUACACUUACGAGUCGACUAAAAUGCGAAUUACUGUACCUAGAAAUUGGUUACCCUCGUAAUCCUGGAGUCUGGGAUGCAAUUUUGAAUAAAUUGGUAAGUCGUGUGCUGCUUCAUGGUUGCACUCAUGUAUGAGGAGACCACAAUACAUCAGCCAAGUUUUGUGCUACAAUACAAUGCAUGAUAUCGACUAUUCUUGUUUGCACUGCCUCAUUUAUAGUAGAC